AUGUCCUUAAGAGUUAUUUUAGCAGUUACCAUUAUAUCUUUUGGAAUAUUUCGCCUUGGCGAUUCUCAUUCCAAUACGAUGUAUAAGAAGACACUUCGCAACAAGAGCGCUUUGUGCAACGAUGGCUCUAGAGCGGUUUAUUACUUAGGACUCCAGAAGACUUCAAAGUGGAUUAUAUUUUUGGAGAGCGGAGCGUACUGUCUUACAAAGACUCAAUGCCUUAAGAGAUUUGGAAACGACUAUUCCAACGUUCUGAUGACAUCAAAACACAUGCCAAACACUAUUGGAGGAAGAGAUUUACUUUCGACAUCUCCGAACGAGAACGAGUUAUUCAACGACAACUUUCGAGUAUUGAUUCCAUAUUGUACCAGCGACGCCUGACUUGGAACACAAACAAAAGCAUCAAGUUUUAAAAACAAUAGGCCUGUAGAAGAAUUUGUUUUUAGUGGUAAAAUCGUUUUUGAAAGCGUUAUUUUUGAGUUGCUCAACAAGGGUUUAAGCCAAGCAAGUCAAGUUGUGUUGAGCGGGUCAAGCGCCGGUGCAGUUGGGGUUUUCAAUCUAGUGCAAUGGUUACAAGACCUUUUCUCGUCCAAGCGUUUAUAUAUUAGCAUUUCAGUGAUUAUUGACGGUGGAUGGUUUAUAAAUUUCCAAGAAAGCAUAACAUCAGCGGUUCUGGAAGAAUUAUAUGUUACCGGCAAGCCUUUGUCUCGCGCAUGCGCUGAUUCUACGUACGGAUACCCAUGCUGUUUAUCAGCAUCAUGUAUGCUAGCACGAGGUUACUACCCUUCAAACGUGCCAACCAUAUUUUUGUUUAGCAUGUAUGAUAUUUAUAUUAUCAGAAACAUUGUCACGCGUUUGUCUGAAAGAGUUUCCGUUGCGGAGAACGGAGCCACUGAUUUGUUAACUGCGAUUGAUUCGUAUGGAGGUGCCAUGAAUCAGUCGCUUUUCGCGAUUAAGCCCGGUUUUUCAAACCUAAGUUAUUUCGUGCCCGCCUGUUUUCAGCACACUUUUUUUUCCAUGUCAAGUUUAAGAGAUCAAGGAGAAAUGUUACACUACAGCAAAGUAUUCACUCAAGGAAAUGCUUUGUUUGGGUAAUUAUUAAUCCAUUACUUUCUCUCCUUCCUUCCUUCAUCCUUUCUUUAUUCCUUCUUGCCUGCCUUCUUUUUAUUCCUGUAACCUUUCUUUCUAUUUCUUCCUUUGUAUGUACCUUUCUUUCUAUUUUAUGUUCUUCCUUCCUUCCUUCCUACCUACCUUCUUUCUUUCUUUUCCUUCCUUCUUACAGUCCUUCUUUCUCUUCCCAACUCUGGUACUUCUAUUCCUUCCUAUCCACGUAUCUUUUUUGCUACUUGACGUCCAUCUUUCCUUCCUUUCAACCUCCCUUUCUUCUUUCUCUUCCUACAUACCUUCAUUCUAUUCCUUCCAUCCAAUCUGUCUUUUUGUCGUCUUUAGUUUCUACCUUUCUACCUUACUUUCUUCCUUCUUUUCUACCGUGCUUCUCUUCCUCUCUUCCUUCUUCCGUCCGCCUCCAUUUUCUCCCAGUAAGCACGAUUAAUUAUCACAAAUAUUAUUCUCAUUGCAUCAAUGCUUGGAUUUUAUUUUAACCAGUACCUUAUACCGGGUGGCGCAAAAAAAAGUAUAACUGUUUGAUUUAGUACAGCGAACAAUCUAUAAGGGUUACAUCCCUAAAAUAAACGUAGCUGUAUUCAUAAUAGUCUAACUUAAAUUUUGAGCUAUAGCAUGUUUAUUUACGUGCAAUAUUGACUGGGAUAUCGCCAAAUAAAAUUUGGAAGGAAGUUUUGAAAAUCUGACAAAUUGGCUAAAAAUGGCCUAUUAAACUGUUUUGAUAAAUUUUAGAAUUUCGUCAGACAUAUUUGCUUGUAUGAAUUUAAUUUGAAUUGAAACGUGCAACGAAUGAUUUUCCUUAUUUAUUUAUUUGUUUUAUUAUCAUUUGAAAAGCAACAAAAUUUCGAAAAAGAUGGCUCUUUUAAUUAAGAAUUGCUUCGCAGUAUUCCAUGUCCCAUAGCUACAGGGAAUUAAAUUAGAUCAAUAACCGAACAAUUUGAGACAGCUUCGUGAAGCGAUUAUUGCUGAUUGCCAUAACUUUGACCAGCAAAUAAAUCCAACGUUAAUUCGUUCGAUAGUAUGGUCACACGUGCAAGAAUAUAGUUAUUUAAUUUUCCAAGAUAAACGCGUUAUUUACUGCCGUUGUGUUCUUCAUAUAUCGUUAAUUCCUUUACUCGUAUUUAAUAGGCUAUUUUCAGCUAAUUUUGGAACGUUUUGAAAUUGCAUAUUCAAAUUGAUUUACCAAUAUCUUGGGUAAUACUAAACAAAAAUGCAUGUGUUAUACAUCAAAAUUUAAGUUAGGCCUUCCUGGAUAGGAUAACAUUUAUUUGAGGAACGUAACACUUAUACGCUGUACUAUAUCAAACGCGUGAACUUUUUUUUGCGCCACCCGGUACAAAACAAAAAAUACUUGUAGAACUAUUUUUUAACUAAACAUCUUUCUUCAGCACAUCCAAAAAGCCCGGAAAUUGGCUGCAUAUAGCAAUAAGACGUGAAAACGAAACCAUUAGCUUACACUCCACUCUUGUAAAAUGGAUAAAGAAACGUGAUCAACCCAUCAGAGUCACUGACAGCUGUCUUGGAGCAAUGUGCAACCCCACUUGCCCAGAGUCACUAAAACUUGUGGACACCGCUGUGGAUUGGGGAGAAGUGCUCAACGGCGUUGUUCUGGUUGUGUCCCUAGUAAUCAGUUGUGUAUGCGUUGCAAUGAAGAUUUAUUUUAAGGUCCAGUUAGUUCUCUUGCACGACCUCGUAAGCGAUAUCUUGACGAGCAUGUUGAAUCACCACAGGUAAAGUAUAUUAACUAUUUACUUAAUUAACUAUUAACUCUUUAGUGAGUUAAUGAUGUAAGCCAUUGGAAGCUGUGUCGACUUUUUCAAGGGAAUUGUUGUGAGGAAGUUCGACUUGCUGUUUUGCCGCGUAAAAAGAUAAAUACAUACUGAAGACAUACAACGCCACACAUGAUGUUGACAGUUAAUAGUAGAAUUAAUUAGGCCAUUUCCGGUUCAUUCGCGAGCUUUUCGAGUUCUCGUUGUUGUUUGACCAUUUUGCAAUACUGAGUUUUGUAUGAUCAAUUGGUAAAAUAUGCUAAUCAUUGAAGUUUUCACGUACAUUACGCUCCUAGCAACGACGGCAGGGGGGUCUUAUUGCUAUAUGUAGCCAAUUUAGGGGGCAGAUCAUUAAUGAGGUAGGGACUAAUAGUGGCUGCUUAAAGCGCCAUUUGUAAGCCCACAAUCUACCUCGGUCUGCUUCACGUCAGUUUCGGCUGUAAUUGUAAUGCGCACUUGAUCAUAUACAUAUGUAAAAUCGCGCAAUAGAAAUGUUAAAUAUUAUUAUUAUUAUUAUUACGAUUGCAUUUGUGUCUUGGAGUAGUCUUGAUUGUUGACUGGCGCAGUACAUCAAAAUUCUAUAACCAGUCCGUGGUUAUCAGGACAAAUUAAUGUACAACCAAUUGCAGUUGAGCUUGCAGCUUGCAUUUUAAAUGUGUUGAAAACUAUUCCUUUAUUCCUUGGAAACACGUCGUUGCUAGGGGUGUGACGUACGCAAAAAUUUCAAUGAUCAGCAACAUUGCUCUGAAAGCUUCGGAAUUCGGUUAAACAUAGUUAUAGUUUGUUCUUUCACCAAUUGGGCUGACUCUUAUAGUUUAUGUAGACAUGUCAUAAAAUUCUCUUCACUUAUGUUGUGAGGAUAUUCAUUAAAUUCUUCAGGUGUCCACUUGUCAACUUGACGAAGAUAUAAUACCGCUGUACUCGUCGCCAGACGUUUCUAACCAUUCCCCAUGCAGUGCAAAUGUCCAAACAUUGACCCAAGAAACUUCCCAAGAAACGACCAAUGGUUACACCAACAUAUUUUAUCGAACAAUUCAAUAUCUACGCAUGGCAUUGAGAUAUAAUCCUGGCUGUAAUGAGAUGGAAAGCAAGGAAUUUUCUACCGAAGAAGUCGAGCGACGGGAACGCAAUGAAAAUAGUGGGGCAUUUAGUCCAACACACAGCUGUGAUCAGGAAAUGGGGACUUGGACAUCGGAAAGAACCAAACAUUCUUGCACUUUGGGGAUGAACAAUGUCACGUUGAGAUUCAAACAGGGUGAAUUCAUCGCGAUAAUAGGAAUACUGAGAUCAGGCAAAACCGCAUUACUGAGGCUUUUGAGUGGAAGGUUGACAUGUGAAUGUAAGCAGGUAAGGUCACAAUUAAAAGAGUAAUUUGGAGAUUCGAAAUAACUAUAGAUGCAAAGAUG